AUGCCGGAGGUGUAUGAUAUAUCUGAACUAUCCACAAGGGUUCCAGACCCUCCAGUUAGUCAUUUGACAAUAGCCGAAAAGGCAGAGAUGGAAUUUGGAGCUUUAACCAAUGAGAAAUACCUUGUAAGUUCACAAUAUGAUCCAAAUCGAGGUUUAAAAGGUCAAAUCUUGGAUGAACCUCCAUAUUACGUUGUCAUCACAACCUACUUGAGUUAUCUUUUUCUUAUCAUUGUUGGUCAUAUCAAAGAUUUUUUCGGUAUGAAGUUUACUCCCAAAUACUACAAAGCUCUGAUUGGUAAGAAUGGAUACCCACCUUGGUACUCCUCCUUUGAAUCCUUUUAUCCAAGAAGAUUGAAAAAGAGAUUAGACGACUGUUUUGCCAGACCUAUUCACGGUGUUCCAGGUAGAUAUGUUCAUUGUUUCAACCGUGUAACACCAGACUAUAAUGAUACCUUUUAUUAUGACGGUACUUCCAAGCCUUGUUUAAACCUUUCAUCUUACAACUAUUUAGGAUUUGCACAAUCUGUUGGUAUUUGUACUGAUGACUCGAUCGAAGCGGUCAAGAAGUAUGGUGUCUCAUCCUGUGGUCCAAGAAAUAUCAUUGGUAAUACCGAUUUGCACACAAAAACAGAGCAAAUUUUGGCUCAGUUCUUAGGUAAAGAAGAUUCCGUUAUUUUCAGUAUGGGAUGGGGUACGAAUGCACAUCUAUUCACUUCAUUGGUUAACUCCAAAUGCUUGGUCAUAUCCGAUACACUUAAUCACGCGUCUAUUAGAUUUGGUGUCAGAUUAUCGGGUGCCGCCGUCAAAGUUUGUCCGCACAACGACAUGGAGGCAUUAGAAAAAAUCUUAAAAGAAUCCAUCUCCCAAGGUCAAUCAAAAUCUCAUAGGCCUUGGAAGAAAAUUUUGGUUUGUGUGGAAGGUUUAUAUUCUAUGGAAGGCACCUACUGUAACUUACCGGAAUUGGUUAGAUUAAGGGACAAGUAUAAGUUUUACUUGUUUGUCGAUGAAGCUCAUUCCAUCGGUGCAGUUGGUAAAAGGGGAAGAGGUAUUUGUGAGUACUACGGGAUUGAUCCAAAUAAGAUUGACUUAUUGAUGGGCACAUUAACAAAAUCUUUUGGUGCAGCAGGUGGUUAUGUCUCCGGUGAUAAAAAGAUAAUUGAUAGACUAAGGUUGGAUAUAACGGCUCAAACUUAUAGUGAAACAAUCCCACCAGCUGUGCUACAGCAGAUAUCGACAUCUUUGAGGAUUAUAGCAGGUGAACUUAAUGGCAACGAAGGCCAGUUAAGGUUGCAAAGAAUCACCUUUAAUUCCAGGUAUCUAAGAUUGGGAUUGAAAAGACUGGGUUUUAUUGUCUAUGGUGCUGAUGACUCUCCUGUUGUUCCAUUAUUGCUAUAUAAUCCUGCCAAGAUGCCUGCAUUUAGUAGAAUGAUGUUGGAUAGAGGUAUUGCUGUGGUUAUUGUCGGUUAUCCGGCGACCGAUGUGAUCUCUUCAAGAAUUAGGUUUUGUAUGUCUGCCGCUCUAACAAAGGAAGAUAUUGAUGACAUUCUUGCAGCAUGUGCAGACAUUGGGGAUAAAUUGAACUUGAAAUUUUCAUCUGGUAUUGCAGGUGGAGAAAAACAUCCUGGUGAUUAUAAGAAGGGAAUCAGGCCAAGAUGGACUAUUCAGGAGGUCUUAGCCACAACAGCAGAUGAUUGUCUUGUUGAAAUGUACUAA